UUGAGAGGGCCGCGAAGAGCCCCUCGCGGGUACGUCCGGAAUCCCCAGGCUGAGCCGCUCGCAGAGCAACCUGGGACUUGUAGUUCUGGGAGGAUGGAGCGCGCUUCGCUGCUCGCGGCUCCUCUGGGUCAGACAGAGGUGUUUCAGGCCUUGCAGCGGCUGCACAUGACCAUCUUCUCCCAGAGCAUCUCACCCUGUGGGAAGUUCCUGGCAGCUGGCAACAAUUAUGGACAGAUCGCUAUCUUCAGCUUGUCUGCUGCUUUGAGUUCAGAGGCCAAAGAGGAAAGCAAAAAGCCUGUGGUGACCUUCCAAGCUCAUGAUGGGCCUGUCUACAGCAUGGUCUCCACUGAAAGACAUCUGCUCAGUGCUGGGGAUGGAGAGGUGAAGGCAUGGCUUUGGGCAGAGAUCCUCAAGAAGGGCUGUAAGGAGCUGUGGUGUCGCCAGCCCCCAUAUAGGACCAGUCUGGAAGUACCUGAGAUCAAUGCCUUGCUGCUCAUCCCCAAGGAGAAUUCCCUCAUGCUAGCUGGGGGAGACUGUUUGCUGCACACUAUGGACCUUGAAACGGGGAGCUUCACGCGGGCCCUUCGGGGCCACACUGACUAUAUCCAUUGCCUGGCACUGCGGGAACGGAGCCCCGAGGUGCUGUCAGGUGGCGAAGAUGGGGCAGUGCGUCUUUGGGACCUCCGCACAGCCAAGGAGGUGCAAACGAUCGAGGUCUACAAGCAUGAGGAGUGCUCAAGGCCCCACAACGGGCGCUGGAUUGGAUGCUUGGCAACUGACUCAGACUGGAUGGUCUGUGGAGGGGGUCCAGCUCUUACUCUCUGGCACCUGCGAUCCUCCACACCUACCACUGUCUUCCCCAUGCGGGCACCACAGAAACACGUCACGUUCUACCAGGACCUGAUUCUCUCAGCUGGCCAGGGUCGUUGUGUCAACCAGUGGCAACUGAGCGGGGAGCUCAAGGCCCAGGUGCCUGGCUCCUCUCCCGGGCUUCUCAGCCUCAGCCUCAACCAACAGCCAGCAGCACCUGAGUGCAAGGUCCUGACUGCUGCAGGCAACAGCUGCCGGGUGGAUGUCUUCACCAACCUGGGCUACCGAGCCUUCUCCUUGACUUUCUGAUAUCAGACACCUGCCCCCAGCGGGUUGGGGUGUUCUUUUCUAUUUUUCUACAAUAAAGUUUCAGGUUUCUCAUCUAUGCACUUCCCAAGAAUGAAAACUUAAGUUGUUGUAGUGAGUUAUAUAUUACUCUGUCCAACCUUAAUACAUAAAUACCCACUCCCA